AUGAGGAAAGUGCUUAAGAAAGUGGGUACAACUUUCUGUAAUGAUACUGAAUUUUUGAAAGAACUUUGUGAUGUUGUUUGGGACAGGGAAAUUGAACCUAAUGAGUUUGUUGAUGGUUGGAAUACUGUGAUGGAAAAAUAUGAUUUGGUAGCUUAUGAAUGGUUUUCUUAUAUGUUCAAGAUCAAGCAUCUCUGGAUCCCAGCCUAUUUUAGGGAUUUAUUUAUGGGUGAAUGCGAGGCUGCUUGUUUUUCUUAUGGUGUUGAAAGCUGUAAUUCUACUUAUGGUGAUGGAGUUGAGUUUUCCAUUGUUGUAGACAAUGAAUGUCAAAGGAAUUUUGAUGUUACAUUUGAUUUAUCUACACUAGAGUGUACUUGUACUUGCAAGAUGUUUAAGAGUCAGGGUGUUCUGUGCGGACAUAUAUUAUUCAUUAUGAAAGGUAAAUCAAUAUCUGAAAUCCUUGAACAUUAUGUUUUGAAUCGUUGGAGAAAAGAUGUUAAGAAGAAACCUACAUCAGUGGAUGAGGCUUCUAACUUUGACAAAAAUAAGCAACUAAUCACUGAUGUGUGGUUAAAAAUGUUCUCCUGUGUGUAUGUUUCAAAGAAGGCAAAGAAGCUGAUUCAGCUCUUUGUUAGAUCUAAUGUUGUUGAUGUAGAUAUCUUGACUCCGAAUCAAUGCCUCAACAAAAGGUCUGCUAGAAGUUCUAAACACUUGAAGAGUGCCAAAGAUGUAGCUGCUGAAGAAGAAAGCAAAAAAAUAAGGACUUGCAGAGCUUGUGGGCUAUAA